AUGUCGACCAACGGUACCAGAUCCUACCACGCCUCCUCCACCAAAGAGGCUAUCCAGGCCGAGAGCGAGUUCGCAGCACACAACUACCACCCCCUCCCCGUUGUCUUCGCUCGCGCUCAGGGUACUUCCGUAUGGGAUCCCGAAGGUCGUCACUAUCUCGACUUCCUGUCGGCCUAUUCCGCCGUCAAUCAGGGCCAUUGCCACCCCAAGCUGGUGGCGGCCCUGGUCGACCAAGCCCAGCGAUUGACCCUCAGCUCCCGUGCCUUCUAUAAUGACGUUUUCCCCCGCUUCGCCGAGUUUGUCACCAAGUACUUUGGUUUCGACAUGGUUCUACCCAUGAACACCGGAGCGGAGGCCGUGGAGACAGGAAUCAAGAUUGCCCGCAAGUGGGGUUAUAAGGUCAAGGGCAUUCCGGAGAACCAAGCGAUUGUGCUGAGUGCGGAGAACAACUUCCACGGACGUACGUUCGCUGCCAUCUCUCUGUCGUCCGACCCCGAGUCGCGCGAGAACUAUGGUCCUUAUCUGCCCGGUAUCGGAUGCACAAUCCCCGGCACCGAUAAGCCCAUCGCGUACAACGACAAGGUCGCUCUGCGGGAGGCGUUUGAGAAGGCGGGCCCCAACCUGGCCGCUUUCCUGGUAGAGCCAAUUCAGGGUGAGGCGGGUAUUGUCGUUCCCGACAACGACUACCUGCAGGAGGCGCGUGCUCUGUGCGACAAGCACAAUGUCCUCCUCAUCUGCGACGAGAUCCAGACGGGAAUUGCCCGCACCGGCAAGCUGCUGUGCCACGAGUGGAGCGGAAUCAAGCCCGAUCUGGUCCUGCUCGGUAAGGCCAUCUCCGGUGGCAUGUAUCCUGUGUCCUGUGUCUUGGGCCGCAAAGAUGUCAUGCUCACCAUCGAGCCUGGCACCCACGGUUCCACCUACGGUGGCAACCCACUGGGCUGCGCAGUGGCCAUCCGGGCGCUGGAAGUCGUCCAGGAGGAGAACAUGGUGGAGAGAGCGGAGAGGCUCGGCCAUGUUUUCCGCAACGGUCUGGAGGCCAUCAAGAGCCCCCUCAUCCAAACCGUCCGUGGCAAGGGUCUGCUCAAUGCCAUUGUCAUUGACGAGUCCAAGACGAAUGGACGCACUGCCUGGGAUCUCUGCAUGCUGAUGAAGACCAAGGGCUUGCUGGCCAAGCCAACUCACCAAAAUAUCAUUCGCCUUGCUCCCCCCCUCGUGAUCACCGAGGAAGAGAUUCAAAAGGCAUUGGACAUCAUCGCAGAGUCUGUGUCCGAGCUCCCCAACCUCACGGGCGAGGCUGAGGACAAAGUCAUCCCCAACGGGGAGAAGCAUGUCAAGAUUGGUCUGGAUGAUUAA